UUCAUUAUGUUCAGACCACUUGCGCUAAACUAACGAAUUCCCCGGAAAGUCCCAUAGUGAAUAGCACCCAUCAUGGAUGAUUUCGCCAAAGGAUUCGUUCGGGAUUUGUUUCCAGCCGCAACACCCAGAACGGAGACAGAGAACCUAAUUAACUACUGCGAAGUCCACAACCUCCAGAUAUUCGUUUGUGCAUAAUACAGUGUGGGAGGAAGCACCAACAAUAACAGAAGUGGAAAAAGAUAUUUCACAUGACUACCGAUGUGAAUCUUGUCAAGGCGAAGAAAAAUACUACCCAAACUGUGAUUCAAGGGUUUGGUUAAGGUCAUGUGAGACAGAGGUCACUAAGCCAAUUCAUGGCCAUAUAAAAGGUACAAUUCCAAAAUGGAUAACUGGCAGUUUACUUCGCAACGGACCAGGAAGCUUGAAAGUAGGCAACAUGCAAUACCAACAUUUGUUUGAUAGUGCUGCACUCCUUCAUAGAUUUGGUAUUUGCAAUGGCCAGGUAACAUAUCAAUGUCGAUUCAUUCAAACGAGCACAUAUAAAAGAAAUCAAGCUGCUCAAAGGAUUGUUUAUUCUGAAUUUGGCACGAAAGCCGUUCCCGAUCCCUGUCAUUCUAUAUUCCAAAGAGUUUCUGCCAUUUUCAAAAGCGUCGAGGAUUUCGAUAAUACCAUGAUAUCUAUCUACCCUUUUGGAGACGAAUAUUAUGCGUUUACUGAGAGUCCAAUUAUUCACAAAAUAAAUCCGCAGACAUUAGAAACAGAAAAGAAAGUGGCAGUGGCAGACUAUAUUGGAAUUGCCAGUCACACAAGUCAUCCUCAUGUUAUGAAAGACAGCACAGUUUUCAAUUUAGGAGUUGGAGUAACCAGUGCAGGGCCUGUGUACCAUAUCUUGUGCUUUCCAAAAGGUGAACAUAUGUUCACAGAUGCUCACAUUGUUGCUACCAUUCCAUGCAGAUGGAGACUGCAUCCUGGAUACAUGCACAGUUUUGGUAUCUCAGAAAAUUACUUUCUGAUCAUUGAGCAGCCAUUGUCCAUCUCAGUCGCAAAAUGGGUCAAAGCGCAAGUUAGUCAGAACCCCCUGUCUUCAACUUUAAAAUGGUUUAAAAAUGAACCCACACAUUUCUACCUUAUUGAAAGGGGCAAUGGGAAACUGAAAGCUACCUAUAAAACGGAGGCCCUUUUCUACCUCCACGUAAUCAAUCAGUUUGAAUUAGAAAAUUGCGUUAUUGUAGACAUUUGUUGCUAUAAAGACCCCGCAAUGUUGAAUUGUAUGUACAUCGAAAGCAUGAAAAACAUGCAAACUAAUCCAGAUUACGCUUCUAUGUUUCGAAGUCGACCACUACGUUUUGUUCUGCCUGUUAUAAGCGCCCCUGCCAAAAAAUUAACGAAGUCACAAAGUUUAACAAAUAUGAUGUCGGUGUUCAGGCCAAGAUUUUCUUUGCGCCGUUCAGAGACAAUAUUUCAGGAGAUUAAAUGUGGAUCGCCUGAAGAAAGAGUGGAUCCGGGUCUUCAGAAGAAACCGCUGUAUGAUAGCAUCCAUCUGUUUUCUCAUAGUAAUGCCAAAGCCUUCAAAAAUCCAGAUGGGUCAAUUUAUGUACAACCAGAGCUGUUAUGUGAUCUUGGAUGCGAAACUCCACGCAUCAAUUAUGAAAAGCAUUCGGGUGUCCCUUACCGUUACUUUUAUGCGAUAAGUUCGGAUGUGGACGCGGAGAAUCCGGGAACACUUAUAAAAGUUGACACUGAAACAAAGUCAGGUAUGCGGUGGUGUGAAACGAACUGUUACCCCAGCGAGCCAAUAUUCAUACCAACUCCUAAUGCAACGGCUGAGGAUGAUGGCGUGAUUCUAGCGGCUAUGGUAUGGGGAGGUUCAGAUGAGAACAAGGUAGGAUUACUCGUUCUUUGUGCAAAAACCUGGACUGAACUUGGCCGAUGUGAAUUUCAAACACCAGGACCAGUGCCCAAAUGUUUACAUGGCUGGUUUGCUGAAAAUAAAUGAAAGAUUGUUUCGUACAAUAUGACGUAAAUUGUAUUUCCAAAUGCUAUGCUAUUGUAAAUGUAUUCAUAAUUUCAGCAGAUUAUCUCCGGUGAUUAAACACGGGGAUGAGUAAUGAAAAUUUCAACCAAUUCUUCAA